AUGGAAGGAAGAUGGAAACCUUUUCUUCUUCGCUCUCUGACAUGCGGCAAAGUUAGCACGGAACUACCGGAACAAAUGAAGGGGCUAAAUGGCUCAAAAGCAUACAUCAUUACUGGACACAGUUUAAAGACCAAAACUCCCGUCGUCUCACAAAUUGAAUCGAUUCUCGGAUCAUCUCAUGCCGGCACAUCUUCAUCUAUUCAGCAGCAUGCUCCUAUAAAGGGGAUUAAUGAAGCCAUGGAAGCAGUUGAGCAAACUGGCGCGGAUAUUCUCAUCUCAGUUGGUGGUGGCUCACCAAUUGAUGCAGCUAAAGUAAUUAUAUACAGACUUCAUGAAAAGAAUCCAGGUAUAUGGCUUCCUCACAUUGCAAUACCAACCACGUUAAGCGCUGCAGAAUGCAACGUGAUAGCCGGUUACACGUCAGAAGAUGGCCGUAAACUAUCCGUUCAAGAUCCCCAUCUCUCACCAAGUGCAAUUAUUUAUGACGCCGAAUUAGCAAAAUACACACCUCAAAAGCUUUGGCUCAGUUCAGGCAUGAGAGCAGUCGAUCAUUCCAUUGAAAUACUCUAUCAUCCGGAAGCCCUAGAUAUACCAACAAAAAGACUUGCGCUCGAAGCACUUCGAGAUUUAUACACUUAUUUACCAAAGUCUAAAGAAGCGCCUGAAGAUCUCAAAAUUAUUUCACAUCUCCAAAUGGCUGCCUUUGCUUCACUCUUUUCACUUGGACAAGUUUCUACCGGUCUCGGACUGAGUCAUGCAAUCGGCCAUGCUCUCGGUGCUUCAUAUGGAAUCCCACAUGGAAUCACUAGCUGUUUGACGUUGAGCUUAGUCAUUGAGUUAAAAUCAAAGUAUCAAGAAAGUGCCUCGCAACUUGCUCGAGCAUUGCCAUAUAUUGGAAUGGAGUCAUGUGGUAAUUCAGAGAAAGAUGCUCAGACAUUGGCAUUUGCAGUGGAUAAUCUUGUCAAGAAUUUGGGUUUGAAAACUACAUUAAACGAAUACAAAGUUCCGCGUGACCAAGCUGAGAUCAUAACAGAGCGAGCGCUCAAGAAAAGAGAUGAUCCUGCGCGCGAUCGUGUUCUGGAACUCGUUCAGAAACUUUGGUAG